CCCUAUUCUAAACUCUCCCAGUUAUAAACAAAUCGCAAUGGUUUGGGGACGAGAUAUUUGUACUGCGGCGAUUGCGCCAGUAACGGGCCUUAUUCUGAAGUACCUGUGCCGAGAAUGCGCGCCGGUCCGAUGGGAUGACCAAAAUCGUUGGAUAGUCUAUGAGUACGCCGAGGCAGCCCCUGUUUGCGUCCUUUGGGAAGACAAAGGUCGUCUCAUAGGAAAUAAAAUUGAAGCAGGCGAUAUCAACUGCCGAUAUUCUGUGAUGCUCGAGAGAGAAACUACUGGAGAUCGCUGCGUGGCUCUGGCAAAGGCUGCUCACAUAUCCAGGAGCUCGGACAUCCUCAAAUUGAACCCUGACCUCCAUGGUGACUGCGCCAAUAUCAAGUACAAUACAGGGUAUUGCGUGGAGGGAUUUAUUGAACCUCUUCGUGCCUAUGAUGGCAAAUGCGGCCCUCCGCACAAGAACGCAACUUGUCGCGGCGUCAAUGCUGGACAAUGCUGCAACUCGGAAACAUGGACUUGUGGAGAUUCCUAUGACGAUUGCGCCCCAGGAACUUGCUACGAAGGCAUAUGCUUUGGCCACAAGUGGUAUACUACCGACGGUUUAUGUGGAGAAAAUCAUAAUGAAAGCCGUUGUAGAGGUAAAUGGGGAGACUGUUGCAGCAUUGAUGGCAAAUGUGGCUCAGGCGCCGACUUUUGCAGCAAGAGCCGAUGCUACAGUGGCAAGUGUGACGGUUUAAAAGACCCUGAGCCGGGCCACGAGAAUGACUGGAUCUAUUUGAUUAUGAAUGAAAGAAGAAAGUAUGAAAGCUACUGAUCUGAGGCUAUCAUUGCAAGACAGUUCUGACUUGCCGAUGGUGGACAAGUGACCAUCAUACUCUAGCUUGAUUGUGUAGGCACCUGAUGUAAUAUAUAUAGAUUUGCAUAUUGAUAGAAAAUGAUAUAUUCACAACUUCA